UUCCAUCACGUGACUCUUACCCGGAAGACCAUUUGGAUUUUAUUAGACGUAAACAGAUGUCAACGAAAACACAUUUUAACCACUACAAUCAAACAUGUACUGUUUGUUUAGUGUGAUAUGUCACUUAUUACUAAUCUUCACCGUUUUUAUGUCCCUUCUCGUAACCCACGGGAUCGCCGGUAAAAUGAAGAUAGUCGAGGCGCCAAAUACAUUUGGGGUGAACAACAAUUUUCUGACUCAGGGAAGCAGACUGCAGGCUAAAGUGCUUCCAUCACCAGUGUCCGGACCUGUACACCUUUCCCAUCUGGCUGGAAGGUGUUUCAGUCUUACAGAGUCAGUGUAUAGAUACGAGUUCUGUCCAUUUCACAACGUCACCCAACACGAACAGUCAUUCCGAUGGAACGCUUACAGCGGGAUCCUGGGGAUCUGGCAUGAGUGGGAAAUAGCAAACAACACGUUUACAGGCAUGUGGAUGAGAGAUGGAGACACUUGCGGCACCAGAAACAGAGAAGCGAAGGUGAUUUUCACCUGCAGCGCCCAAAGCAAGCUUGCUCAAGUCUCCGAGCCGAGCACUUGUGUGUACUCACUAACAUUUGAGACGCCGCUUGUUUGCCACCCGCAUUCUCUUUUAGUGUACCCGACCCUGAAUGAGAAGCUGCAAAAGGAAUGGGAUGAAGCGGAGCAGGCUCGCUAUGAAGGUCUCAUCACUGAGCAGGGAUAUGACAAUCUCCUAAGGGAUGUAUUUGAGGAUGCCGGCUUCCUGAAGAGUCAAAAGGUGAACGCGAAGCUGCCCCAAGUUGCAGCUGAAACAGAAACGCACAACUCGUUACAGAAAUGUAAUGAGGACUUUCAAAAACAACGAGAAGAGAUCCAGAGACUGCAAGCUCUGCUCACUCAACACAAUAUUCCUUUUGAUACAAAAGCAGAGGAGACACAAGGUGGCAGGACGACGACCGCGGCACGGCAUUUACGCGGAGACGUCGGGCUUUUUGAGCUCACCGAUCCGCACUGAAAAGACGCAGCAAAAGAAACAGAAUUUUUCUGGAUCUCAUUGCAUCUUAGACAGCAGGCAUGGAAGUAAAACGCGGGGGAACUUGGUUUAAAUUGGAGAAUGCAGUUUCUGAGGAGCGAACAAUGAACUGGAUUGUGAGACUGGGAAAAAAAACAAAACCCAAUUUAAAUAAGUAAAUUUUUAAAAUGUGUCCAUUAAAUUGGAAAUUUUGUUAUGGGAAUGUGACACUGUUGUGAAUGAACACUUUGAAGUUGAAAUGUUUUGAAUUGGUUGAGAAAUGUGGGAGGAGAAUUUAGGUAAAUUGGUUUCAUUUCAAUAAAAAAAAACAUUUUUUAAUUGAAAUGUAGAAAAACA